GAUAAGGAAACCUCAACACAUCUGUGUUGGCCACUGCCCAAGAUGGACGGGCUUGGUAGGUUGGGCUUCUCUUUUGUGUUAUUCUUCUUUAGCCAUUUUGUCCACUCACAAAGACAUUUCGUACCUGAAGCAACUGUGGAGAUUUUGAAUCCAAGGGGCUUGAGAAUUUCUUUACCAGAUAACAACCCUGCUUGGAGACAAGUUGCGUUUCAUAUCAACGUAAAUGAAAGGUUCCGAGGUGUCGAGCAUGGUCACUACGCAGAAGAUGUGUAUGACAAGACUAACGGCCGAUGGACUUUGGAAAUUCCUCAGCUGAGGGCCAAGGAAGGAGAUGUCAUAUACUACUGGAUAAAUGUGAUAGAGGACAACCAGGGCUACAACGCACGCAACAGAGAGUAUAGAGUGGGAGGAGGUGGAACAGGUGGAAGACCUAACGAGCCAGACCCUGAUGACGGAGAUCCAAAAGAUGAUGCUGAACCGUUCCCUGGAUAAUUGGUUGAAUUAUUCUUUACUCGAGGAUUUAAAAAAUGUGAUUUAUAUAUUUUAAAUUAUUAAUAUUACUGAAAUUCAUACUCAUGGAUGAAUUCCUUUCAAACAAACUGUUUUUAUGGUUGUAAUCAAAGCUUUAAAAUUACUAUUAUUGUUGAAAGUUUUAAAAUAUUUUAAAAACUUUGAUAUUUGAGCGGAUUAUGUUUUGAUAUUUCUUGUACUGUGUACAAUUUAUUAGUGAUAUGUUUUUUUUUUUCAAUAAAAACGUGUAUUUCUAAAAAUAAUUGGUGGCCAGUCUUAAUCAUACCUAAAUUCUUCAAUAGCUACUCAGUCCUAAGAGGGUUUAAAUAGUUUUGGGUGUCAAUUAAUUGGUCCGUUUUUAAUUACCUAAGUGUUCUAGCUAUUAUUUUUACAAAUACAAAAGAUAUAGGUCUAUUUGACGUAUUAUUUAUUUUUUAAGUGACCACAAUUUCUCCCACUCUAAAUACAAUAUAAAUAGGCUUACAUUUCAACAUGUAUUACAGUGAUUGCAACAUUUCACUUGAAUUCUACCUUUUUUUACAAACAAAAUCAAUGGGUGAGCUGAAUUCGACUCUCUUAUUUUUUUAAUGAAAAACACAGAGCUGAAGCAAAGCAUAUCUACAGCAUAUCAUAUGUGGCUGCUAGAAUGAAUUAACAGUUCCAUUGCUCACAGUAAUUGAUGUAAAAAAUCAUUUUAACAACAACAAAUCUUCUAAUAUUCUCAGACCAGAGCCAGUUGAGCUAGUUCAAAUUCAAGUGCUUUUUUCUUGACUUCUAUCACUACUAAGGUCCCCAUCCGCAAACAAUCUGUUUGAUUGUGGAAGUUGAUAAUGAUGUUUAGGUAAAUCAACAUUCCUGCCAAAUAAAAUAAAAAUCAGAAUGA